UUUCUUUAUAAAUUGGGCACUCAAAUAUCAAUGUUAUAGUAUUAGUGUCCCUACCCAUCAAAUCCUAUUUUCCAAAUAGUCAUGGACCACCUACACCCAAUUUCCCCUAUUUAAACUACUAUUCUACCCUUUCCUCCUCCUACUUCAAAUUCCCCUUCCUUCACUGCAUGAGAAAUUCAAAAAUGGCCUCUCACCUCUCCCAUUUCACUCACAAAACCAGUUUCUUCACAUCAAAUCCCCGCCGUCCAUCCCCCCCUUGCAUGUCUGUCGUCCUAUCUACGGCCCCAACCCAAUCUUAUUGGGCUUCCAUUGACGCCCAAAUCGACGCCUAUCUCAACAAGUCCAUCCCCAUCAGGUCGCCUGAGUCCGUUUUCGAGCCAAUGCACCACCUCACGUUCGCCGCACCAAGGACCACCGCCGCUUCUCUCUGCGUGGCUGCGUGUGAGCCUGCUAUACAUCUCAUGCAUGCGGCAGCGUACACCCACGAGCACCUUCCGUUGACGGACAGGCCCAGGCCCAGGCCCGGAAUCCAACACAAAUACAACCCCAACAUCGAGCUCCUGACGGGAGAUGGGAUCAUUCCGUUUGGGCUCGAGUUGUUGGCUCGGUCCCUGGACCCGGCCCGAAGCAACCCGGACAAAAUACUCAGAGUGAUUGUAGAAAUCACGAGGGCGACUGGCUCACAGGGGAUGGUGGACGGGCAGUACCAAGAACUGGGGCUGGACCAAUUGGGGAGCGAGUACGAUGUCAUCGAAUACGUGUGUAAGAAAAAGGAAGGUGAGCUGCACGCUUGCGGAGCUGCUUGUGGAGCCAUAUUGGGCGGCGGAGCCGAGGAGGAAAUAGAGAGUUUGAGAAGAUUCGGGCUUUAUGCCGGCAUGGUACAGGGAAUUCAGGGGAAGAACAAAGCCGGAUUCAUGGAAGAAAAAAUAGAGAAAUUUAAAGAAUUGGCUCUCAAGGAACUGGAGAGCUUGCAAGGGAAGAAGACUGAGCUGAUCUCGAGCCUGGUUGAGCCGAGCCUCGCCGCGGUCCAGAUCAGUUAGGACCGUGAAAACCGGUUUGUAUCAUCGGUCGUAGGAGGAAAGAAACGGGAAAAUGUGGCUGUAAAGUUGGGAUACAUAGGAGGGGUGGAUGUCUGAUGCUCGGCGUCUUAUCUUGUGAUAUGUGGAUGCAACCAAAAAUACCUAAUUUUUGUGGUAGAAUAACCUAUUUUCAGCAAAGCUACAGGUGGUGGCUUGCACGGAUUUUAAUCAAUAUUGUGUAACUUUUAAAUGUAUCCAUUUUAAUAUAUAUAUUGCUCUUAAAUUAUUAUAUCAA